AAUGUGUAUCAAAGUGAUGAUUUGUUCUCCAGUCCUUAGAAAGGCAUGCAGCUAGUUCACAGCGUCUUGUGGCAAGCGAGGCUGCUUUUUGACUCAAGAGCCUUACGGUCAUUUUCGGUAGUCAGGCUAACAGCCUUGACAGCCUGACUGACUAGCCUGGGAAAUACCUGGGUCCACCAGCUGCAACACACCCCAUUCCAGCCAUUUGCAUUUAACAGGUAUGUGGUGAAUGCUAGGAAGUGUCCGUGGAAAAAGUUACACUCCAGGUACCUUUGUGCUUCCUUUUUAGUUGCUAGAACUCCCCAAAGAUAAGUUUGAGCGCGUAUAAGGCACCAGACUGACUUCAGGGACCUUUUUGUAUGUCUCGUGCAUCUCCAUUUCCUGUAUGAACUCUUGCUUAACUGAAACGGAGUGGCGUGAUACUUUGGUUUCAAGGCAAUAAAUUGUACUCAAAGCAUUAAAUGUAGCUAUCAGUUUCUUUAACAGAAACUGCUACAUUCUGGCUAUGUGGGACCAGAAACUGGCUUCCACGAUGAAAUAUAAGUUAUGGAGAUCCAUUUAAGGUAAUGUUGGCAAGUAUGACACAAGACACGAGGUGGAAGAGAAUUAAUUUGUAGGAAUCAAAUCCUCCAGGAAAAACUUAAAAAAAAAAAAGCCCCUAGUUAUCAUCAAGAACUGGAGAAGUGAAUCAUGAAACUGAAGUGUACUUUUUAAAAAUUAUCUGUGGACUGCUGUGUUUUUCCUCUGGAAUUGCAGGCAAAGAUUCAUUGCAGUUCUUCUGUUCUUUCUGGGACGUCGCUCCUAGAAUUUAACCCUGAAAUGAGUUUACUGUACUCUUUAAGUACUACACCUUAGAAAAUAUUAAAGACUUAAAAGCCACAGUAGUAACACUUUUAUCUUGGUUAUAACAGGGAAGCAGAAUAUUGUUUCUGGCAACGCUCCCACCAAAAAAGACUCUGGUUUCUAGAUGGAAAAGCAGGAGUUGUAAAAUGAGACUUGAAAGGUUUCAGGAUUAAAAAUGUUUCCAUUAGUGGUUGCAUAAAACCAAGACCAUAAUUCUGUCCAACCAAACUGAAGUUGGAAACACUGUUGAUGAAGUUGAUGAAGCACAGGCCACCGGGAUCAUCUUUGACUAUUGAACAAGUACUACAUGAUGACAGGGGUGGCAGUACGACAGGCUAUGGUGGGUUGAAUUUGCUCAGCCGGAACGCUGAACAGCCUCAGAUCUUGCUUAUUCUUGGGAGCCGGUUCACCAGCGAACUCUCCAAAAGCGCAAGCAAAAAGUGAUUAACGGGUAAUGCAAAGGAUUUAAAAAAAAAAACAAAGAAAAGGCUGGUCUGUGUUGCUGAAUCCAGGACAGUAAUAAAGGCACCCAAGCUGGCCUCAAAAAUUGCUCUGUCUACCUAGAGAUGCUGAACAGGACUUCGAAACAGUUUAUGAGCGCCAGUGCAAUGUUCUUCCUGCGCCUCCUAUCAUCAGGACCGUUCAAUUUAUGGCUCUGGUGGGCAGAAGGUUAUUCAGCUACAGGAGGAGGAGAGGCUAAAGGCGGUUCACCAGCCCCUCAGCUCAGUGGCUGGAAGUUGGCAAACCUUUCUUUGCCUCCUGAGUUGAAAAAGCUCACUGGCAUUGUGGAUGCUGAACAGGUCAACAAGCAUGUGCUGUUACGAAGGAAGCGGUCCAUUCUGUUUCCCAGUGGAGUUAAGAUCUGCCCUGAUGAAUCUGUUGAGCAGGCUAUUGCCAACCAUCUGAAAUAUUUCAGACUCAGAGUGUGUCAGGAAACAGUCUGGGAAGUCUUCAAGACAUUCUGGGAUAGACUGCCAGAGCGUGAAGAAUACCACACCUGGAUGAACUUGUGUGAGGAAGGAACGAUGAGUAUCUUUGAAAUGGGCACAAACUUCAGUCAGUCUGAGGAGCACCGGAGUCUGAUUGUGAAGAAACUGUCCUAUACAAAGGAAGCAAUGGGCAGCUCCUGCACGGAUUGGUCAUGUGGCAGUAGUGGGACUCCAACUCCAGCUUCGGAUGCUGAUGUUACCACAUUGAGAGAUGCAGCUGCCAACGUUCCGCCCCCCCAUGAGAUCUCCAUUGAGAGUCCUGUGAGUGGUACCAUCCAUGAGAUCGAAGAUGCAGACACUGCCAUCAAUAAUGAGAUAAAGAAGCAAGAUGAGAAGACAGCGAGACCUGCAACUGAGCAGAUGAUUGAGUUCAGCAUUUUGAUUGUUGGUGAAAAGUACAGUGAGGAGCUGAGUGACCCAGACACUGUGAGGCGUCAGCUGCUCUCUGAACAAUUCAUUUCUCAGAUGGAAAGUGUAUUUGAAGGACUACCUGGAUACAAAAGCAUCCAUAUCCUGGAUUACAGCUCUCCUGAGGAGGACAGUGGGGUGGAAGUUCGCUACGCUGUUACGUUUGAUGGAAAAGCCAUCAGCAAUGCCACCUGGGACCUGAUUAACCUGCAUUCCAACAAGGUGGAGGACAAUUCCUUUAUGGGCAUAGAGGAUAAUCCAACAGUUGUGUACACCAUCAGUGAUUUCCGAGAUUAUAUUGCUGAAAUCCUCCAGAAAAAUGCCUUGCUUGAAAACACUUCCUUGUCUUUAGACCCUGACUCUCUCCAGCUUACUAACGUGAAGGAAAUACUACACCCUACACCAGAAGACCCAUCCUGGAUUACUGAGCAUCCAGUUGUGCUGGAGCGCCCAGAGUUCGAUGAGAGCACCUUUUUAGCUGAACGGCCUUCAGCAGAUGAAUCAACUGUCAGCAAUACCUUGCCCUUUGAUUUCACCAAACCAGAUUCCACUUCAGAUAUUGAACAGUCCAAUGACAAUGAAAUCCGGCCAAGACCAGAAAAUCUGGACUCUGAGGCCGGUUUGGCACCUGAAGCUCCGCUCUCCUCAGAGGCUGAUGUCACUUCUUUGCCUGAUGAUCUGGAUUUAGAGGAUGGGAAUUGGACUCCUCAUUUGGUCACUGCACCAGAGUUAGGGCGCGAUUCUGUGGACUCCCUGGAAUGGCUUUCGUCCCCCAAUUCUUUAGAUGUGUUUGAAGAGACUGGACUAUCUGAAGACCUUCUUUUGCCUUCAAGUCCUCCUCACCUCGUGCCUGAAGAACCUCCAUCUACAGAUGAUUCUGCAGUUCCUCUGCUUUCUACACCAACAGUGGCCUCUUCUUCAGUCGUAGAGACUGAUAUUAAAGAAACACUACCUACUGAGAAAGAAGAAGAAACUCAGGGUAGUCCUGCAGACAGUAACAAUGCAGACUCUGUGUUGCAUGAGUCUAUGGAAGAAAUUCCUUUUCCCUUAGAAGUACACCCUAUGGAAGAGGAAACUGACGUAUAUCUUGGAGGUAGAGUUAUAUAUGAUGAUGGGUCUGGUUCAGCUUUUGAUGGUUCAGGAAAAGAAAUGGAAUCAAGUAUUUGGCCUUGGGAAGAAGCAACACUGGAACCAGUUUUCUACCCUGGUCCUGAUAGCUGGCUUGAAGAUGACAAUGAGUCUUUGUUAAUUGGAACUGAGGAUAUUCCUGAAGGCAUGAUCUUAGACUAUAUUCUUAACUCUGGGAAUAAAUUAGAUGAUGAUCCUUCCAAAGAUGAGAAUGAAGGUAUGACCAAUACAAAAGAUGAUUUCCUUGAUGAGUCUGAAAUACUUGUUUUUCCAGAGACUGCAACUCAGCAGGUACCUCUGUUACAGACAGAAGAGCCAUCAUCUGUGGAACCAUCUACACAGACAGAAAUACCAGGCAUGUAUGAUUCUUCUUUUGUUAAACCAUCCUUGGUUUUGGAGCCUUCAGUGGACCAUUCCUCUGUAGACAUGCCAACUGGAGAGAGCCCUGUCUCACCACACAAUACAGGUCUGCCUGUGGAAGAUAGUCUCCUUACAUCUACAAGGACUGUCAGUAUGGAGCAACCUGAAGAGUCCAUUGUAGGUCAAAACAUCAUUUCUGAAGCAGCUGAACACCAAAGUGAAGACAAGACAGUGGUAGAAGAACUAUUCACAGUGGGGCAGUCAGAUGUAACUGAAGCUGCUACAAUAGGCCAUUUGGAUAUAAGCUCUUCAGAAAUUAUUCUGACUGCAGAUCCUUCCACAGUAAACCCUGAUGCUUCCACAGAAGAGCAGCAAACCCUAGAUUCAUCACUGGCAGGCCAAGACACUACUGGAUCAGCAGUGAAGGAACCAGCUGAUAUUUGGCCUACUGACAGAGCACUGGAAAACUCACUACACCAGACAGAGCAAUCGGCAAUGACAACUGCCACUCAAGUUGCAACUGCAGUCCCUUCUGUAACAGAUCAGACCACUGUUCUAGAGGGCUUUGCUGUGGAGGGUGAUACAGACCAUGGCACGGAUGUUUCCAUGAGCUUCAGCACUGUUACGAACCCUUAUGUAACAGUGAGUGUCACAACGAGCACUGUUGAGCAUUCGUCCCAUCUCCCUCCUAUGGGAUCUACGGCAUCGUCAUCUGUGGCUACCUCAACAAAGCUGGAAGAUGAAACGACGAGAGUCCUGGAUGUUUCUGUGGACCUGGAUCAUGUGACCACUGUCCACUUUUCUCCUGAGCUGACGGAGGGGGGAAGGAGCGUGACUGAAAGUCACGUGGAGCUAACAACUCAUGUCCACUCCACAGAGAUGGCCAGUGUGGCUUGGGCCACACAUGAAAAUCGCAAUAGCACGCCUAUCCCGUCACGAGCUCUAGUCGUGUUUUUCAGUCUUCGGGUUACCAACAUGAUGUUUUCAGAGGACCUGUUUAAUAAAAACUCUCCUGAGUACAAAGCGUUGGAGCAGCGAUUCUUGGAGCUGCUGGUGCCCUACCUUCAGUCAAAUCUGACGGGCUUCCAGAAUCUGGAAAUCCUGAACUUCAGAAAUGGCAGCAUCGUGGUGAACAGUCGAAUGAAAUUUGCCAAACCUGUGCCUCGGAACGUCACCAAUGCUGUGUACAUGAUCCUGGAAGACUUCUGCAACACUGCGUAUCACACCAUGAACCUGGCCAUCGAUAAAUACUCCCUGGAUGUGGAAUCAGGUGAGCAAGCAGAUCCUUGCAAGUUCCAGGCCUGCAAUGAGUUCUCCGAAUGCUUAGUAAAUCGCUGGAGUGGGGAAGCUGAGUGCGUCUGCAAUCCCGGCUACCUCAGCAUCGACGGGCUGCCAUGCAAUAGCAUUUGUGACCUGCAACCAAACUUCUGCCUGAAUGAUGGGAAGUGCGACAUAAGCCCUGGGCAAGGGGCCAUCUGUAGGUGUCGUGUGGGAGAGAACUGGUGGUACAGAGGGGAGCACUGUGAAGAAUAUGUGUCUGAGCCUCUGGUUGUGGGUAUUGCGAUUGCUUCCGUGGCAGGGUUCCUUCUUGUGGCCUCUGCUGUCAUCUUCUUCUUGGCCAGGACCCUUCGCGACCAGUACACAAAGAGUGACACCGAGGACUCACAGGGGCAGGGUGACAGCCUCUCAUCCAUUGAGAAUGCAGUUAAAUACAACCCCAUGUAUGAAAGUGAUACGACUGGCUACAGCCAUUAUUACCGGAGAUACCCUCAGCUAACGUCCUACAGUUCUACCAGUGCAGAGACAUCCACAGACUACAGCAGUGAAGAGAUCAGGCACAUUUAUGAAAACAGUGAGCUUACUAAGGAGGAAAUUCAGGACAGAAUUCGAAUUAUAGAGCUCUACGCUAAAGACCGUCAGUUUGCAGAGUUCGUUAGGCAGCAUCAAAUGAAGCUGCUUUAAGAAAAAAAGAAAUCAGUAGAACACAUGUGGGAGAUAAAGACUACCUUGUUGCCAUAGCAAUGGGCUCAGAUGUAACUGCAAAGUUACUUAUAGUCUUAACAUUGCAUGGAUGGAUACAGAUGUUUUCUAAAUGAAUGGCUAAAAUGUACAGAUGUCUGUUUAUCUCAAUUACUUCUGGCUUUUCUGUGUAAAGUGACAUUUUUAAGAGGUGAUCAGAAGUGGCAGAGGUUAUGAAAGUUCGUUUUUCUUUAACUCUGAAACAGACAGUGAAAGUUUGUAUACCAAGGCAAAAAAAAUCUCCUCAGGUAAGAGAAGAUACAUGCACAACCGAAAUAAAAUGCACAUUUAAAAUCCCCGUCUGGCAUUUAUCCCCUCACUGGAGGCUACGGUAGCGAUUUCACAGGUAUAAAGCACUAGUGGAAAGAAACAGUUGGUUUGCAUGCAAAUGAUUUGUAGGGGAGAACUAUUGUACUAGAAUGAUGUUAGUAUUAUUUUAAAGCAUUCCCAUUAUAAACACGAACAUAACCUCACAGGAAAAAUUGUUCUUUUUGUACAGAUGUACGUUUUGUCACCUGGCAUUAGCGUAACAGAGCACGGCACUGAGCCUGCAGGCCUCCUAAAGGCUCUCCCCACCAAGAAGCAUCACCAGUGCCCGUCAGUGAGCACACGCGGCGCCUGCGCAAGGCGGGGCAGUACUUCUGCAGGGCAGUACGGGGGUUUUAAAGCCAAGGUGGUUGUUUCUCCAGCUGCUCCUGACAGACACACAAGCUGGGGCACAAAAGGGCUUCUAUCAUACAAAUGUUCUGUGAAGCUUAAGUGACUAACAUUGACUUUUUUUUGUAUGUAGACAGUUCGUUUGCUAUUUUAUAAGUUAAUACGUAUUAUUUAUUUGUUGUGUCUUUCCCUGCCAGCUUAUUUUCAUAAUAGAUUUAAUUGUUGAGCUCGAAAGAUGAACAGUUUAGUGAUGAAAUACUACAGUGGCAUUUGUGCCCAUCCUUUUUAAAAAUAUACUUAGUGUUUACUCAAUGUUGAAUUCAGCCAAGUAAUAUUUGAAUUUUCUUUACGGAACUGGGCAACAGCCUGCCGUGAGCUCUGUUUCAAAAUCAGGCUGUGGUAUUUAAGUGCAUGCAUAUUUGGGAUGGCAGCACUUUCCGAUGGGGAAGGGAAAAAAUGAGAUUAUUCUUGGCUUAGUGGAAGUCAGUGUAGAAUUCCUUAAACAAGAGAAGUCAGCCUGAAGCAUUUAAAACCAGCUGAAUUGACAUGGGGACCUCCCAAGGCACAGGAACAGUUUUAUCUUCAAGUUUCAAAGAGUUGUUUACUUUGUUGUUACAAAGUGGGUUGGGGCUUUGUUCAGUCACCCAGUGUCUCCUGUUUGAGGCAUUAACACCACUGUCAGGGUUAGGGAACUAAUAGUCUCACACCAGCUUCCACUAGCAAACAAGGCCAAGUUAUCUGUUAUUUUUACGAAGUCUGUAGUUCUCGGCCCACACGUGCCAACAGCCAUCUGAUACUUUUUAGAGUUAAAUGAUAGUGAGAAUUACUUACUUGUCUAUAGGCGGCUUAAGCUAAACAAGUGACUGUUUCAAUGCAAUUCUUCUACGUGUUCUGGAGGACCGCACUGGAUCACUUGUGUAGUAUCUUCUUGCCUUGAGUGACAGGGAAUGGGUAUCAGAGCCACAAAUCUGUCAAAGAAAUGCUUACAUAAACCACUGCAAGCCCAAAUAACGCAAGACAGCAGAGAGUAAUACGGUGCUGCUGAGUAUUGUUGUGACCCGACGUUACAAGACAGAGGCCCCAUUCUUCUGGGUGAUCCAAGGGCUCUCAGCUGGGCCAGAGUUUCUGAGGCACAGCCCGCUCCCUCCUGCCCCCGCAGCAGCACGGCUGAGCCAUCCCGUUACACCAGGGCCUUGUGAUCACGGUGACUGUGCAACGCAGGGAAGUCCUGGGCUCAGGGCAGGCAUCAGCCUGUGACUUGUUUCUGUGCAGCUGGGCUGCCGGCCCCGGCAGCUUUGGCGCCGCUCCUGCUAAGUGCGGCAGUGGAUGGCAGCUGGGAUCGGGCACGUUUCAAAGGUAUUCUGCUCUUUGCUGUGCACAAGCUGAGGAGAGCCUUGGUUCCACUGAGUAUGAGGUAUUUCAGUGUAUAUACAGUGAAUCUUUGGAAUCUUUUCUUUGUUUGUGUGUAUACCUAUGAACAUAACGUUAUCUUAU